AUGCCUCACUCCGGCCCCCCGCUGGGGUUCCAGGCCCUAAUACUCUGCGGCCCUGGGGUGUCGUUAAACACGUUCACGUCUAUUCCGGAAGAAUUCCCCAAGGCUCUAGUACCGAUCGCAAACCGCCCGAUGGUUUGGUAUCCCUUGGAUUGGUGUUAUCGCAUGGGAAUUACAAAUAUCACACUUAUUACGCCCCAAUCCAGCAAAGCUGCAUUAGAAGCCUCCUUAUCACAAAACCCCCAUCUCACAUCCCUUCCGUCCCCGUCCGCAACGAUCCUCGCUCCGGAGAGUUUAACUCUUACCACAGGAACUGCAGAACUCCUCCGCCUCCCAGAGAUUCAAGCAUGCAUAAAGUCGGAUUUCAUAUUGCUUCCCUGUGAUUUAGUGUGCGAAGUUCCCGGCGUCACCUUCCUAGAAGCAUGGAUGACGGCGCAUGGCGCUCUAGAUGCUUCAUGGGACGGGGACUGGCUUGAAUCAAGGACCUCGAGUUUGGUGGGCGUAGGCGGCGAACGAUGUGGACGAAGGGGCGGAAUCAGCGUGUGGUACCCCACUGCACCCAACGGUGCAAAAACAAAGACCGAAGUUGCUGAUUUUGUUGCGCUCACGCCUUUAGACAAAGAUGAGGCACCUGCAGUACGUGCAGGUAGCAAUGGCUCGUCGUCUUUGGCUAAACUAGUCUAUACGAUGCCAAUGGAUAGCUUGAAGGAUGCAAUGGAGGAGCACCAGGCGCUGCUACUUCGGCAUUCGUUAUUGAAACGCCAUGGCAAAAUCAAAAUGCUAACAACCUAUCGAGAUGCGCAUAUCUAUAUAUUGCCGUACUGGGUCAAGGAAAUGGCAUUGAUGAACGAAAAAUUCGAAAGCAUCAGCGAAGAUCUAGUGGGUUGGUGGGCCAAGGCGGAAUGGCAAAGUGGCCUAGGAGAGAAACUGGGUCUGCGAGAGAUUUUCGACCCGGACAGAGAUCACGGAAACAAAUUUGGCAACAGGCGUGACCAAGUGGAAGAAGACAUCGACCUGAUGGCUAUGAGCACAACAAAAUCCACGCGGUGGUUGGAUAUCAACCCUAACGGUACGAUGUCCCGGUCCAAGCCCGGCCCCUUGGCUCGCAGCGACACACUUCAGGAGAUCGAAGUAUUACCCUCACCGGACAAGCUUAUCGUCCCUCCUGUCCUGGCAUACAUACAUUCAUCCAAGCCAUCCGAACCUAUCCUCCGACGCGUCGACAACUCCGCCCUGCUCCUGUCUACCUCUCUCCGCCUCGCAAAACUCGAAGCUAUCAGUGAUGCCGGCGAAUCUUGCUCCUCACUUGCCCAUCAAAACAAAAUUGCUCAUCCAGCUGGCAUCGCCCAGCGCUGUACUGUCACCAAGGCAGACUGCCUCAUUGCUGAAAACGUCACAGUUGAAGAAAAAGCAGUUGUCAAGGAGUCUGUUGUGGGCGCGAAUUGUCAUAUAGCCAGCGGUGCGCGCCUCACUCGCUGCCUGCUUAUGGAUGGCGUCAUUGUCGGCGAACGAAGCCAGCUUACGGAUUGCAUUAUUGGGCGGAGAAGUAAGAUUGGACUUCCUGACGAUACGGAUGCGAAGAACGAGCAGUUUAUGAUAUUUGAGGGCUUGGAUGAUGAGAUGGCUGGCCUCAGUGGCGGCGAGGAGGGCGAUGGAUUAGAUAUGAGUGACAAAUUCAAGGCUUAA